AUGGAUUCCAAUGACACAACGCUUGUAAUAAAGAACCCGUCUCGCAGUAAUCAACACUUUAGCAUAAACUUCCGGUUGGAUGGUACCAUAGCUGAUCUACAAAAACUGUUGAGUGAAACAUAUGAAGGACGGCCUGCGCCAGCGGAUCAAACUCUCAUCUAUGGAGGCAAGGUGCUCAAAGACAACUCUGUGCGCCUCCGUGACAUAGUCAGCAAGCAUGAUGCUCCAGUUGGACCACACAGCAUCCAUCUAGUCAUAAAGCAGAAGCCAACAACAAUUGGUCCCUCCCCAGCCCGGAGUGUUGACAGCAAGGCUGCGGCCCCAGCAUCCAGAGCAGGCUCCACCGUGAACGCGGGCACCGGGACUGCGCGUCCGAUUCCACCACCCACGCGCACAGUGCCAGCAUUCGGCUCCGGCUCGGCGUCGGGUGCAGGGCCGAGCACUGAAGGGAAUACGUCCAGCAGCCACCCGAGUGCAGAGCCACCGUUUGCAGCCAGCGGUGUUACAUCUCAGAGCGACCCAGAUGACCUGGACGCUGGGGCUUCCUUCUUUAACAGCUGGGCUCCCUUUCCAGGCACAGAAGCGGGUGGCCUGUUUGGUGCAGCCUUCGGAUCUCCUUUUGCCCCGGUGCCAGGCACAGCAGCCACGGAUGGCAACCCCACAGGUCAGGAGGGCGCGGCCGCAGCAGCAGCUGCGAUGCCUGCCGGAGCUUUGUCCGCAUACAUGUACUAUAAUCCCAUUAUUGGGGGCGCCUACCAGGCUGCAUACAGUGCGGCGCUGGCCGCUCUGUCGGUCGCCUCUCAGCAACAACUGCCGCAGGAGCAGCCUGGGCAUCAGGCCAAGGAGCUCGCAGCGGCUGCGCCACUGAAGGAUCAGGGAGACGUAGCGGCUAGCAGCACGGGCGCUGGAGCAGCAGCGGAACUUAGUCCACCUGCAAGCACGGCGGCGGCAGCGACCACCACGACGACAUCGGUACCGGUUGCACAGCAGUAUGCUUACGUGCCCGUUUUCAUUCCGGCAUACGGUCAGGUGGGAUACCCCUUCGGUGUACCCGGCGGCUUUUAUAACAUGCCACAGCAGGUCAGCGCAAACUCGCGGCGAAAUGGCCAGCAGGCGCAUGCUAGUUCGAUGUGGCCGCCGAUGCCGCUGGGCCAGCAGUGGCACCACGCCGCAGGUGGUAUGGGAUUUGGAGCAGAAAUCGAGGGUGGGGACUUGUUACACUUGACCGCCUUCCUGGACGCCUUGGAGGGACGCGCAGCAGCUGCGGGCGGCCGGAGGCCGGGCGGCCGAGGCCAGGAGGCUGGGAUGAGCCAUGCGCAGGGCGGAGCGGGAGGGGGAGCGGCUCGGGACGGGCUCAGGGUGCGACGUGCCCGCCUGGUCCCGUUGGGAGUCAUGCCCGGCAACGAGCAGCCAGCGGCAGAAGCGGCUGCGCGCAAUCGAGCUGGAGCACCGCGGCGGCCACGUGUGUUCACGAUCCGCGUCAGCGCCCGGGCGCUGCUGCAGGCGCUGGUUUUUGCAAUUGUGCUCUACCAGCACUUCACGUGGCGCCGCUUCCUGGCGCUGCUGAUUGGCGGGGCGGUGCUGCUCAUCACGUCCACCUGGGCGCCCUUCCGACGGCUGAUGCGUGGUAUCCAUGAGGUUCCGCAACGACCCGCGGUGCCACCGGGGCGUGGUGGCGGGCCCGCAGCAGGCCCGCCGGCAGCUGCUGCUGCGGCAGCUGGCGCUGCAGGAGCAGCGGGAGGGCCCGCAGGGCCAGGCAACGGUGGGGCGCAGCAGCCAGCUGAGCAGCAACAACAGCAAGUCCAGCGAAGGGGUUUUCUGUACGAGAUUCUGGUCUUUGUGGUGGGUUUCAUCACCUCAUUGCUGCCGGCUUGGAACUUCAACCCCGAGGACGCUGCAGCCUUCGCAGCGGGACAGGAGGUGAUUGCCGCGGACGAACGUGCGCGCCAACAACAGCAGGCGGCAGGCGAGCGCGAGGCUGCACCCGCGGAGGGUGCAGGGGCUGGGCCGGCGCAGGAGGGAGCGCCCGCUGCUGCAGAAGCGGCAGCACCGGACCAAUAA